AUGGCCAAAGGAUCAUCAUCAUCAUCAUCAUCCAGUGCUGGUAAAGAUGAUAAAUCUAAGAAAGAUGAAAAAUCAACUUCAAAGAAAGAAGACAAGCCAAGUGGUAGUAGUGGUAGUGGUAAAAAACCAGUUGAUUCAAAGUCAUCUGCAACUGCAGCUGAUUCAAAAGAUAAAAAGUCAUCAAAAGAUAAAGAUAAAGAUAAUCAACAACCAAUUCAAUCGAAUGAACCACAAAAACCAAGAUGGACUGGUAAAGUACCCGUUCAAUAUUUGAAUGAAUAUUGUCAGAAACAACAUAUGGAGAGACCGGCCUAUAAUGAAGCGAAAGCAUUCAAGUCGGCAAAGGGAGAGUUACAGUUCCGUUCGAAAGCAAAGAAAAAGGUGAUAACAGAAAAGUCUUAUAUGCCACCACACUCGUCGCCAACCAUGCAAGAAGCUAGAAGUUACGCUGCUCUAGUUGCACUGUUCGAUCUCUGUGGCAACACCAACAUCUACAAGUUGUUCCCGCCCGAGUACACGCCGUUUUGGUUGCAGAUGGCAGACGACUCCAAGGUGGCGGCCGCCGAACAAGAACGACUCGACAAAGUGGCAGCGGCAGAAGCCGAGAAAGCAAAAGAGAAAGAACCUACUCACACUCAACAGAUUCCAUCGAUAAACAUGUCCGAAGAAGCUAUUAGAAUCGUUCAUUCUCUGGUGCGUCAGAUGAAUCUAAAGUUGGAGGAGAACGACAACAACAGUGGCAGUGACAGUGUAGAUGUCAACAUGAACGAACUCAAUGAGAAAGAACACUCUGUAUUAGCUUCCACUUUGACAUCUCUAGGUUUUACAGAGUCGAGCAUCAACAGUGCAUUCAACAAGGUCAAAGAUGUAUCGAGUCUGACCAACCUCAUUUCAUGGCUAUGUCUAAAUGUACCAGAAGAUCAACUACCAAUUACUUUUCGUCCAAAGAAUAUUGGUAUUCAAAAGAAGACAGCAACAUCGACAACAACCAAUCAAACAACAACAUCUACAACAAAAAUAACAACAAAUCAUAGUCCAGAAGUUAUUAGUGUUAUUAAUCAGCUACAAUUGUAUGGUUGGAUGGAAGAGGAGAUUUCACAGUCAUUACAAUCACAGGUUAAUAAUGAUAGUUUGUUUCAUCGGGCAUAUUAUAAGUUGACUGGUUAUGAUUUACAGGUUGACGGCGGUGAACAACAACAGGAUGGUGAUGGCGAUGAAGAUGUCAAAUCAGAUGAACAACAAGCAAUUCAAUCGAUUUACGAAACAUUCACAGUCAAGUCAGAUAAUCAGUUUAAUAUUAAGCUGGAUCUAGGUGAACUUGAUAUUAUAUUCCCAAAGAUUGCCCGAUAUCCACUGAACCCACCAGUAUUACUUUUCAAACCAAAAGACAAGUCUCUACAACCUAAAACAAGACAUCUCUUGACAGAGUUGAUCAAUCAAUGUAAACAAUCACUUUCACAACCAAUGUUAUUCACCAUAAUUGCAUUCAUUGAUUCAAAUGGUCAAGAUAUAUUAAAGAAUAGUAAUAGUAAUAGAAAUAGUAAUAAUAAUAUGAGCAACAAUAACAACAACAAUAACAACAAUAAUAUAUUAGAUUCGAUAUCAAUAACUAAUUCAAAUAAUAACAGUAAUAAAGUUAUAAAGAAACAUAAUAAUGAUAGAAGAAAUCAACAAUCGAUUGCUAAUAAUGAUAAGGAGAAUAACGAUUUACGCAGUCAUUUCAAUACGAUUAUAAAGUCAGAGAAGAAUAAGCCGAUUCUCAAGGUUAGAGAAUCACUUCCUGUUUUCGCAAAGAAGAAGCAGUUCAUUGAGAUGUUGUCUGCCAAUCAGGUGAUGGUGGUAACCGGUGAGACUGGUUCAGGUAAAUCAACACAGAUACCACAGUAUAUCCUUGAGGAUAUGGUCACACGAGGUAUCGGUUCACAGUGUAAUAUCGUUUGUUCACAACCCAGACGUAUCUCUGCUAUUGGUGUUGCCGACCGUGUUUCCGCAGAGUGGUACGGUGGCGACAAGCAACAGCUGGGGUCGAUGGUCGGUUACCAGAUUCGUAAUGAAUCGAAGCGGUCUGCCGCAACGAGGCUGUGUUUCGUCACCACCGGUAUUCUGCUGCGUAUGAUGCUCGACAGUAGACCACUCGAGAAUGUAUCGCAUAUCAUUAUCGAUGAGGUGCACGAGCGUUCGAUGGACAACGAUUUCCUGUUGAUCAUUCUCAAGCAGCUGCUAAGAAGACGUCCCAAUCUAAAGUUGAUAUUGAUGAGUGCCACCUUGGACGCUAAACUUAUUGCCAACUACUUUGGAAUUGGUGAAUCCGCUAUCUUUUCGAUUGCAGGUUUCACCUAUCCAGUUCAAAACGUCUACUUGGAAGAUUCAAUUAAACUAACACAAUAUAAACCAACCAAUUAUAAAAGACUACAACAACAAAAGCAACAACAGCAACAACAAGAUGAUCAACAAGAUAAAGAAUCAACUACAACUUCUACAUCUACAACAUCUACAUCUACAACUACUUCUACAAGUGGUUCAUUCGAUGUUAAUAAUGUAUUAGAAGCGAUGGAUGCUAAGAUGGAUCAAAAGAGAAUCAAUCAUGAUUAUAUUCAACAUUUGAUUUGCUAUUUGGUGAGGAAAGAAGUUAAAGCCGGUAAAUCAAUAUUGGUGUUUGUUCCAGGUUUCUCUGAUAUCUUGCAGAUUAUCAAUGGUUUGAAUGGAUCUGCCGAUUCCAAUUUGAUGUGGUUGCUACCGCUACACUCUUCACUGACACCAAAGGAUCAGCAGCGAGUGUUUGAACGUGCACCCGCUUCCAAGACAAAGAUUAUCGUUGCCACAAACAUUGCAGAGACAUCUAUUACCAUCGACGAUAUCGGUAUUGUCGUUGACACAGGUCGUGUCAACCAGAUGUCGUACAAUGCAUUCACCAAGAACUCGAUGAUGUCUGAGUGUUGGAUUGCCAAGGCGUCGGCGCGUCAACGUGCUGGUCGUGCCGGUCGUACUUCCGCUGGUGUCUGUUACAAGCUGUUCACCAAAUCGAUGGAACAAGAGCUCGCUGCACAGGAAACACCGGAAAUCCUUCGUACUCCACUUCAACAGCUGUGUCUACACGUCAAGCUCUUCCAAAGCCAGUCGAACAACCCGAACGCCAAGUUGAAGCCGAUCUACGAUUUCCUGGCGAUGGCAAUCGAGCCGCCCGAGCAACAGUUGGUUCAACACGCAGUCGAUGAACUCAAGAGUAUCAACGCACUCGACAAAAACGAACAGCUAACAGCACUCGGUUAUCAUCUAUCUCAACUGCCAGUCGAUAUCUACAUCGGCAAGAUGCUGUUGUUCGGAUGUAUCUUCCGUUGUCUGGAUCCGAUUCUCACUAUUGCAGCGACACUCUCCUAUAAACCGCCAUUCAUUACAUCGUCACAAGAUAAAUCGCUGCGUGCCAACUCCAAAUUCCAUUUCGGACAUCAGAGUGAUCACUUUUCCUUCUUUAUUGCAUACGAUCACUGGCGUAAAUCGAUACGCGAAGGUAACGAAUAUGCAUUCUGCACAGAGAAUCAUCUCUCCAUUCCAACACUACGAACCAUUCAAGAUCUUAAAUUCCAAUUCAUCGAGCAACUAUCAGAGAUUGGUUUCCUACCUAAUGGUUUAACAUCAAAGAAAAUAUCGAAAUUACAAAAAUCAAAUAUGUUGGAUGAAGUAAGUGAGAGUUGUGGAGCAAUCUAUAAUUCAUUUGCAUCAAACUCUAAAGUAAUUAAAUCGGUUCUAUGUGCUGGUAUGUAUCCAAAGAUUGCACGUAUCGACUUGCCUGCUGCCACAUACACUAAAGUUGCUGCCGGUGCCAUUCAGAAUAAAUAUGAUCCACAUUCAUUACUUUUAUUAACUAAAGUAGAUAAGUCAAAACAAAAAGUAUUUAUACAUCCAAGAUCAGUAAAUUCGAAUGAAGGUGAAUUUAUUGCACCGUUUUUGUUGUAUCAUGAACGUGUUCAGACAUCGAGAAUGUUUAUGCACCAUACCACCAAUAUCAGUGCUUUGACAUUGCUGUUGUUCUCUAUUGGUGGAUCGAUCGAGAUCGAUCAAUCAUUCCAACAUAUUCUACUUGAUAAAUGGCUAAAGUUUAAGGCUACCGGAAAGAUAUUGGUUAUUUUGAAAGAGGUUAGAAUGCUACUCGACGAACUCUUGAAUCAAAAGAUAAGAGAUCCAUCAUUCGACACUUCAUCAUCGGUAGUCAUCGAUAUAAUUAUAAAGAUUGUAACCAACGAAGGUUUUAUCUAA